AUGUGUAUCGCAAUAUUUUCCACCGCCCAUCCGGAUUAUUCUCUUAUAAUCAUCGACAAUCGAGAUGAAUUCAUAUUGAGGCCGACGUCUCGGCCUCAUUGGUGGGUUCACCCGACCUCGGGCGGACAAAUUCUCUCCUCACGGGACCUUCAGCGAAGCGAACAAGGCACGUGGCUGGCUAUUAACAAAGCCGGCGACUUUGCCGUGCUCACCAACUAUCAAGAAAUUGUCGAUGAGUCGACCGCGAUUUCUACCACGCGGAGCAGAGGUGGUAUGCCUAACCUCUGGGUUGGCGGCGACGCAAAUGAGUCGCUGACGGAGCGUGUCCAUCGGUUGGUCAAGGACGGCGGGGUCAAGGGUGUCGGCGGGUUUUCCAUGAUUUGCGGAAGACUGCGCAAAAACACCGAAGAUAUUUCGAUUAUUAGCAACAGAGCAGACCGUGUGGACGACGUGCCGAGAGUAGGCGGAGAAAGGGGAAGGACCUGGGGAUUGAGCAACACCACCUACACAAACCCCGAAAAAUGGCCCAAGGUGUCAGACGGCGAGGAGCUUGUCAGUAAAGCCAUUCAAGAGGCCGUGUCCAAGAAGCAGAGCCAAACAGAUUUUGUCGAGUCACUCUUCACUGUGCUCGAUCGCGACACGCUGCCGCCAGCCCAGGACGGAGAAGGCACCGUGCAGGACAGCAUGAAGCGAUUCAGACACAGUAUUUUCUUGCCUCCUGUCGGUACUGCACACCAGAAAGCGGAGUUUGCAGAGUCGGCCGCGAAGGGUCGAAUUGGCUGGGAGCAUGAUGCCCCCCCAUCAAAUGGCCAUGCACCAGCAAACCCAGUUGGGGGCUAUUCGAGUGGAUUGUAUGGGACGCAGCGUCAGACUGUCAUUCUAGCUGACAUGGAUGGAAAAGUCACGUAUAUCGAGAGGGCCUUGUUUGAUCCCAAUGGAAACGUGGUUGAGCGCGGCGCGGCGGACGUGACUGUUGAGUUCACCGUGGACGGCACUCACAUCAGCCCGCCGCUCUCGACCUACAUUCGGACGGUGCCGGCAUCGGUGUUGAUGCUGAAGCAUUUGGAAAUCGAUGAGCCGCAUCUCCUCCGCGCAAUGGGCAAAAGCAGGAUGGGAAUCGCCCAUUUCUUCUCAAGUCAGAAGCAUGAUCUCCACUCUGGACGGACUAAACAGCCAUUGGUGAUAUCUUCGCCCAUUGGACCUGUCAAAAACUCACGAGGACCAGACUUGACACGCAGUGAUGGACUGAUUAUUGUUGACGCCAUCAACGACUGCGGCCCACCGCGGGAUGACGAUGAAAUCGGAAGCCCGGAAACGACCUUGCCUGACAAAAAGAUGGCAAUCAGUAUGUUCGCCAGAAAGACGCUCCUGAAGACGCAAAGCCUCGCCAGUCUUGCCACCCCAGCAAAAGAAGUGCAGACCUCUGCCAGGACCCCACGAAGUAAAUUCGAUGAUGAACUUUCGUCUGCCUUUUCGAAAGUUAAAAGCGUCUCAGCAUCUACCCCUACUGUGUUUUCAGACAAUGAAGACCACGAAUACACUCACGCUACGAAGCCGCCAGAGCUUGUUCUCUCGCAGAGGAGCAAGAUAAAGUUUGCAACAAGACUACCCAAGUCGAAAACUAUGAAUGUCUUGCAAGAUAUAAAGAACUCGGUUCCUCGUCGAACCAACAUACCUGCAUCCAUUCCAAAUCCUCAGACCAGCAAGCUCGUCACCCCUCUCAAGCAACCCAACAUGUCCAGACUCGUCAUCAUCCCCUCGCUCGCACGCCGCUCACUAGAAGAGUCCGCUUCCUCGAGCAGACACUCUUCCACAACCAAUAUUACCACCCCAGAUUCAUCAGGACCGGUGACCUCUACAGGGAAUGUUCUACCAAGUCCAGGGCAAAUUAUCCAGGCCCAAUGCUCUGCUUACUGGUCUGGUCGUUUCACCUCCCUGCGAGACCGUCUUUCUAGCGAGCACAUGGCCCAUAUCCUGUCACAAACCACCGAUACAAUCCAAACAGGCAUUUCCGAAAAGGUCCAGACAAACCAUCUACCUUAUGAUGACGAACUCUGUGGUGACCCGCCAUACCCGCUUCGAGAUGAAGAUGACAUUUGUCGGCAGGCUUUCAGCAUCCUCGAAUGCCAGUGCGUCACUGCAGCCGCCCAGGAGUCUCUGCGGCGCUGGCGCGAAAACUAUGCUCUGAUUCACCGUCGACCAAAUCUAUUGCCGAAACGCUCUGGCUUUUUUGGAGACUCGCAGAUCUCAAGACGCUUUGCAUCACACGCCCGCCAUCCAGAUAUGCAGAGCUUGGCUUUUUUAGAAGAUGCCUAUUACAGCAACGCAUCCAACGCUUUUGGCAUGACCAACCCCCACAGUCUCGAGGGACGAUAUUUAAAUUUUCGAUAA